GCUGACGGAGUCCAAUACCCAUUGCAGACUGUGACACCAAUCCGCUGCACCCCUUCCACAGGCUCAGAGCUCCUGAGCCUUGGGUCUCUUUUUGCCGCGGCCAUUCUGCAGGACAAGUACGAAGGGCAUGCGACGCCGGCUUUCCUGAAAAGAUUUGAAGCUAAGAAGCUUCGGUCUGCCUAUGCGCAGAUCCUGUCUGCCUAUUUGUCGGGCAGGACCGACAGCUGCAGCUUACUCUUGAGCGGUGCGAAGACCCAGAAGGUUUCCAAAGCUCAGCCUUCCUUGCUGAACGAGGUGCAGCAGAUUCAGAUCGAGUCUGCUGGGUCAGUGUCAUUCUACGGCCAGGAGGCCUUGGGCGGCCAGCGGAAGAGUUGCGAUCUCUACCCGGACAGGCCCCACCGACAGAUGCCAUCUCCGCGACUUGAUGGCCUGGAUGCACCGCGCUGGAUUGCAUCCGCCCACAUCGUGAUUUUCCAUUACUACCAGUCAACCGGUGUCACGUAUUUCGAGUUCGGUGGCCUUUGGACACAGUUCUUCUUCAUACUGGGAGGUUUCAUCUUGUCCUACACUGAAAUCUCAAAACCACAAGGGGGCAACACUCUCACCGUGGUGCAAUACCUCCAGAAGCGACUUGUGACCAUCUACCCGCUUCACUUCGCAACACUGUUGAUGUGUGUCUUAGACCGUUCCGAGCGAAGCCUCUUCGAAUGGUGCUGUUUGCCGUUGAAUGCUCUGCUGCUUCAGUCGAUCGUUCCAAUCUGCUACGAGAACACGUGUGCUGCCUACAUGUACAACGGUGUCUCAUGGUUCCUCUCGUGCUUGCUGAUAUACUGGAUCUGUGUUCGCCCCCUUUCGCGCCUAUUUCAAGCAACAUCGCUGUGUACAUGCAUGGUCUGUCUCGCAGGUUGCUGGCUGUGUUCGCUUCUUCCUUUGGCUUUGUACCCCGAUGAGAACAGCGGUGGUUCGGAGUACGCGCGACUGGUCCUUUCGAACCUGGUGCAGGCGACACCGGUUGCCUACUUCCAUGUGUUCCUGUCCGGAGUGGUGGCUUCUCGCGUCUUCAUCCUUCUCUGCUUGGUGGACAAAGAAACAGGACUGCCGCCGUCAGAAGGAACAACGGAUCUAGUGCUCGCCACGGAGCGGGCGCCACUGGUGCUCAGAUACGGCUGCACGCUCGGAUACCUGUUGUGGGCUGGAUUGGUCAUCAGUUGGUCCUUCUUGGAACCUGGUAUCAGCAACGGGCUUCACCAUGGAAAAGUGUACUGGAUGUUUCACGACGGGGGUUUGAUCCCGGUCCUGGUGCUCAUCCUGCUGGGCUGUGGUCUAGGUGAGGACCCCUUGGUGAAGUACCUCUUCCGCACGCACGUGUUCCGAAUCCUGGGACGGAUCUCAUAUUCCCAGUAUCUCUUGCAGGAUCCCGUUUCUUCAUUCUUGGCCUUCUACCUUAUCCCGGACCGCCGUGGACCAUGGGGCCACAAUCCCGUACCAGAAAAGUUCCUCAUCGCGUACCCCUUUGUGCUGUUGCCGUCAGCGUACUUCAUUGAGAACUACUUUGUUCAGCCCUACGUCCUUUGGCUCCGGCACCAGCUCAAGGAGCCAAGCUCCGACUGCUCCAACUGUGGGCUGGGAUGCAGAAGAUGGUGUUCAGCACUCUUCGAAGUUUUCCCACAUAGACGGAAGAAAGACCCGGAGUCCGUGCUCGGCGUUGACCCACAACGCCUGGCAGCCAUUGCAGAGAGUGCAGAGGACUCCGCCCAGGAGGCCAUCAAUGAAAUCGAGCCUCAGUACCACAAGCGUGUUGUGGUCGUACCCGAUUACCAACGCAUGCAGAUGGAGGAGGAAGAGAUCGCCUCUCAAAGCUGUGACAGCCAGAGCAACGACGAAGAGUCGGGUUCAGGCUCGGGCGAGUCGACCGCCGCUGGAGAGAGGAAUUUUCCUACCCGCUGGCUGGCUUCGAUGACUUUCUCAAACUUGACGAACGACUGA